AUGUUCCAAAUGAUAAAAGCAAAUAAGCUAACAGAAAAACCUAGGGGAAUUAUAAAAGUACUCGUUGAAGCGAUAGGAUAUCAAGAAGAAACGACAGAAGACCCCGAUGCAACGGUGGGAGACCUUGACGAAGAGAUCAUAUACUUUUACUCGGAGAUAGACUUGCAGCAAAAAUUGGAUGAAGACCAGCGACUCUUUAACAUCUAUUUAGAUUCCUAUCUGGACGAUUAA